CGUCGCCAAUCGUUGAUCUUGAGUCUGACAGUUGCAUGGAACGAAGCACUUGCUAGAACGGAGGAGUCAGAGAACGCUUCUUCGUGCCGCUGUCGUAUACUGAGUAGUGGAACUUUUCGAGGACACGAACCACCAUCCAGAAGAGGUAUUAACCAAAUGCUGCAAGUCCUUUCACCACGGGCCCUGACGACCAAAUCACUGCGCGGCUAAGAGGACACACUUGUCAAAGUCCAAAGUUUGGUAAAGGAUGCCUCCAACCGCAGAAGCACCUCCGGGUACGACUACACCACGUCCUCCAAACAGCGUCAAAUACAUCAUCAAGCCCGUCACGUCCGAAGCCGAUCUUCCCACACUAGCAUACCUCUCCGACCUCGCCUUACGACCUGACCCAUAUUGGGAAUUUCGCGAACGCUACGAUACGCAGAGCGUCUACAACGACACUCUUCAAAAGUUGACCAAUGCAAUGCGGAACCAGUCAGGUAAAACGUCCCUAUUCAAAGUCGUUCUGAUAUCAGAUUCCGCGGAGGAGUCGGAGAAGGAGACCGUCAUCGGCCUGUCACAGUGGAGGCUGGGAUACUUGAACGUGCCCAAGGUCGACCCUUUCGCGAUCAAGAAAAAUAACGAUGAGCCGUCCUCUGCCGCACACCCGCUGCCGAAUGCUGUUGUUGCAGAACCAAAUGACCAGGGCGAGGCUGAAGGAGUCGACAUCGCAGCAGCGAAGCAGGAACCGAACCUGAAGCCAUUCUAUUCUGACCCUCUAGAAGAGCAUGGCCGCAAAGUAUGGAACAGUUGCAUCACCCAUAUUAGGGGCAAGAAGUUUAUGUGCUUGCACCGAUUGAUUGUUCAUCCGUCGUAUCAGAAACAGGGUAUUGGACAGAAGCUGAUUGAAUGGGGAACGGACGCUGCUGAUCGCGAGAAUGUAGUAAGUUGGCUUAAUGCUCGACCAGCUGGGUCAAGGCUGUAUGAGCGAAAUGGCUGGAAAGUCGUGGAUGUGGUGGAGUUCGAUUCACCAGAGAUCGACGUGCCGCACACUUUGACCAUGAUGAGGCCGCCUAGGUCCCAAUCGGCUUCAUAGUGAUAAAGCUUCAUUUUGAGAAAGCAUUGAGGCUAAGUAACGGUCUGCAAUGAGAUAGUAGACUGGUGGUGGUGGGCCUGCUUUGGCUGAAAAUAAGCCCUAUUUCAUCCCU